AGUUAACAUUUGAUUUAGCUUUUGGUCUUCGGAUGAAUUGAGGCUGCUGCGGGAAUUGAAAUGGCAACUAUGGAAUAUUGUACCCUUUUUUUCACCAUCGUGCUGCCCCGAACAGCUUGGAUAUUUCUUCACACCAUAUCUUUUCACAUUGCCCUUCCGGCAGGGUUCCAGCAGCAUAUGGUGGAUGGUUUGGUUCGGCUCAGUAGUUUGAAAAGGGUAUUUGGUACCCCAUCACGCUGGUCACAGAGCAACAUGCUGACAGAUCUAUUGCUCAGCAUUAGAAGAUUAGUUGUGAUGCGCUGGGGGAAUUAGUUGGAAACAAUGGUUUGAAAUCAGCCUGUUCAGCGCUCUGAUUGACAUGCAGUCAUUUUGGUUAAGUGCUUUGUUUGGUUUGGCAAAAUUUGCAAGUGUUUGCUUUUGUUCUUGGUGGCUCUUGAUCAGAUAGAUGGAAAUAUGCAUUCAAAAAUGUUGAAAUGACAUUUUAAUGGAUUAGAAAUGGAGUUUCAACUUGAGCAAUCUUUUUUGCAAAGACGCUUUGCAUGUUGCGGUGCAUUUAGGAGGACUGUGCUAUCCCAGGCUUCUCCUUGAUGCUGUACACUUUAGCAGGAGGGGGCACACUCUGUGGUCUGGCCGCCCUCGUGCUCCUCAUAGUCUCCACGGCGACCGACUUCUGGAUGCAGUACCGCUACUCAGGCGCCUCGGCCAACCAGGGCCUCUGGAGGUUUUGCAUCAAUCACAAGUGCCAUGCCCACACCAUCACUGUGGCCUUCUGGGAUGCGACGAGGGCCUUCAUGCUGCUGGCCGUGCUGAGCUGCUUCGCUGGCGUGGUGCUGGGCCUGAGUGCAUUCGCCAAUGGCACCAAGAGCAGGAGGGUCCGGAUGGGGGGCAUCGCUCUGCUCCUGUCAGGUUUUCUUGCUCUGUUAGCUCUGGCCAUCUACACUGGUGUGACUGUCAACUUUUUUGGCAAGCGCUUCCUUGAUUGGCGCUUCUCCUGGUCCUACAUCUUAGGUUGGGUGGCCAUCAUCUUAACUUUCGUUGCUGGUGUGUUCCAACUCUGUGCCUACCAGAAGAACAUUUCAGAACCACCUAACAUUCAAGAAAGCUAAAUGGAGCAGAUCUUUUACUUGCACAAAAGAAUAAACGAUCAACCUCCUUAGUCUUUACCAUUACCAUUGAUAGCAAUGUGACCACAAAGGAAACUACUCGUCAUUUGGCAAAAUCUACUGAACAGAAUAAAUAGGAAUAUUUGACUGCG